AUGAGAGUGUGCUAUAUUGUUGAAAAGUUAAUUGAAGCAGGUGCCAAGCCAGAUAUACAAGAUACUGAUGGAAACACACCUCUACAUCUCGCUAUUGAAGAACGUUAUACUUGGGCAGUAAGCAAAAUGUUGGAAGCAAACCCGAAUUUAGACAUUAAAAAUAAAGAAGGUAAAACGCCAUUGUAUUUAGCCUGCAGAAAUCAACUCACUGAUAUAAUGAUAAUGCUAUUAGAGACAGGAGCAAAUCCUGAUAUCAAAGACAAUGACGGUCGAACAUUUCUCUAUUAUUAUAUCCAUGAAUAUAUUGAACGUUUAGUCUCGUAUGAUGAUGAAAAUCCACUGAAUGCUGAAAGCAUUCUGGAUAAAAUAACUUGUUUUACUGAUAUCGAUGAUAAAGAAAAUAAAUCUGCUGCCCAUCUGUCAGCUUUUGGUGUUUGGGAUUUUGAUUUUUUUAAACUCGUCGUAAGCCACCAAAAGGAUGUCAAUGUUGUUGAUGCAAAUGGUGACACCCCUUUAAACUACUUAACUGAAGAAUGGGCUCUUUCUCAAGGGGAAGAUUGUAUUUCGUUCAUCAAACAGCUUAUUGAUAGUGGUGCUUAUUUCAAACCGAAAGAUUGUCUCAGAAUAUUGGAAAAUCCUCAAGUAAGAGAUAUACUUUUUACUGACGUAGAAUUGUGCUCUAAGUCAGUAGUAAACAAGUUUAAUAAAGUGGAUUUACCAGCUUUGUAUCGUUCACCAGUAUUUUCAUACCUACCUCCAAUCGAUAAAAUAAAAUUAAAUCGUCCUCAAAUUCAAAGCAUAGAAAUAAGUUUAGAAAAGGAAAUACUGAACAACGGGUAUUGUGAUAUAUCUACAAUGCUACCACCAUUGCUUGUUAUUGCAUCAGUGGUUUCUCUUACCAAGUAUUAUGGACAGUCUCACGAACUCAAAUAAUAACAGAUCUCGGUAUUCUUGGAAAAGCUAUGUAUUUUGCUCCUUGUUUUAAUGCAUAGAUCUUAGAGUUUGUGAGUUCUUCUUAAUUCCUUGUUACACGCUAUAAAUCAGUCUCGUUCAAUUAUUUUGCAACUUUUUUUUCCUAACUAAUAAAUUAUAAGGCAUCCCUUA